AUGAACGACGAAAAAGUGGAUGUACUGAUUUCGGUCAGAAACCAGAACGAGCAGUUUACGGAAAGAUUGGGCCACGUGAAACAGGUUGUUGUGAGCGUAUGUAUGCAGGGUACCAUAGAAGAUGUGGCGCACGCACUGGCCAACAAGAUCGGCGUGCCCCAGUCCUACAUUAUGUUCAUUUUUUGUGGCAACAAGCUGCCCGAGCAAACAGCUCUCCAGACGCUUCUCCUUGGACCGCAAACUUGUCUGACAGCGAUCGUUGCUGCGGAGAAGUGCCAGAUGCCAGUUGAUGGAGAUGCAUCAUGCUCUGCAAGCUCGAACAUUGCAUCCUUCCAAGCAUUCUGUAAGAAUUGCAUUGCCGUAAAACGCGCCAAAUUACGGGUUUAUUGUUCCGUAUGCUCAUCCAGUGCAGUGCUUGUUACACAAGAACCCGAUUGCUGGAAUGAUGUUCUUCAGAAGAAUGCCAUUCAAGUGGAAUGCAAAGAUUGUAAAAACGAGAGGGGUGCACGAUUUUGUUUUAAGUGCAUCGAUUGUGGCGAGGUAGCAGUACCAUUAACGCAUGUACGUGGUCCACGGGAAGGCGUCUGCUCAGUUUGUUAUGAAUCUCAAAUGAAAGCUGUUGUGCAGUUGAAUUGUGAGCACCAGACCUGUAUGGAAUGCUUUACUACAUAUCUCAAAACGGCUUUCACUGAGAAUCAAUUCAGGUUUUUCCCGCAAAAUGGCUACACUGUUGGAUGCCCUGUCUAUGGAUGUUCAGGUAACAUUUUCUGA